AAUCCGUGAAAUUCUCCAAUGGAAACCAUUGACAAUCAGCUGUUUCCGUGUGUUUUUUUUUGUUAGUAACCGGGAUUGUGAAUCUUCCCAACAAAAGUGUGCACUUUUCCCCUCUAAGUACACUUGUUAAUUUGUCGCUUCUCUUAGCAUAUGUAUCGUAGGAUCAUGUCGGAAGUGGACAUCAAGCAAAAUCUCAAACUAGUCGUCGAGAGGAUUGAGGAGGCCUUCAAGAAGCGCCCGCCAGCUCUUCAGACGGAGAAACCUUUCCUCGUGGCUGUUGCCAAGACGAAGCCCGCUGACGUGAUCGCGGAAGCGUAUGCUGCUGGGCAGAAACACUUCGGGGAGAACUACGUCCAGGAGCUGUCAGAGAAAGGUCUGAGUGUGCAGAUUCUGGAUAAGUGCAAGGAGAUCAAGUGGCACUUCAUCGGACAUCUGCAGAGCAACAAGGUGAACAAGGUGCUGGCCGUGCCCGGACUGUAUAUGAUUGAGACUGUGGACUCGGAGAAUUUGGCGACGGUGAUCAACAAAGCCUGGGAGAAGGUACAGAAGGAGGACAAAGAGAGACUCAGGGUCCUUGUGCAGGUGAACACGAGUGGGGAGGAGGCAAAAAGUGGCGUUCAGCCAAAAGACGCUGCCAGUCUGUACAAAUUCAUCAAGGAGAAGUGCCCCAAUUUAAGCGUGGAAGGCGUCAUGACGAUUGGGAAGUAUGUUGAAGACUACACUGGCGGUCCCAAUGAAGACUUCAUCGCGCUCAUGCAGUGUCACGAAAAUAUCGUGAAAGAGUUCAAUCUUAAUCCCCGGGAUGUGCACGUUUCAAUGGGAAUGUCUCAUGAUUUUGAAGAUGCUGUAAUCGCCGGAGCCUCAAUUGUCCGUGUAGGAACUUCAAUUUUCGGCGCUAGGACACCAAAGCCUCAGGCUAAAUGAAUCCACAAACUGAAUGAUCUCUAUGUGUAAAUGGGAAAUUCUCAGUCUUCCAAUAUAUAGACAGAGUUUAGCUAUAAAAAUCAAGUGUUGAAUCUAUUUUUGACACAGCGCGAAGUUAUUUCAAUGUAAAUUUUACGAUACAAUUCACGGAGGAGUUCUUUACAUAACUCACAGCCAUUCCAAUGAGCUUAAUCAUUCAAGUAUUGAGAGAUGUUCACCAGUUCUGGUGCACAAAGUGCUGCUAAUAUGCAAAAUUUUGCUUUUCGUGUCGUUGCAGUUGAGAUUCAUGCAUCCUCAAUAAAAUUCAUUGAUGACAGAGUGCAGAAUUUAUAGCUUUAAUUUUGCAAAGAGAUUCUUUCGAUGCUUCAUGACUCGGAAAAUUCAAUUUCUAGUGAUCCUUCAAUUAAAGCUCUUCUAUCGCCACACUCCGAUUUGCUUUUCCAACAGAUUUAAUAUGUAUGGCAUGUGAGAAACUGCUUCAAAGGCUGCCUGAAGAUGCCCAAGAAAAAUAACACAGCACCUCAAGACCACGCAAAAUACGCAAAUGAAUAUAUUGUAGGUGAUCUUCUGCCGCGCAGCCAGAAAAAUAGACGUCUCAAAAUCUAUUUUUGAUUUGAUUAUAGAGAAAUUAUUAGCUUACUUUUAUAUUACAAGAAUAACCCUCGAGAUUCAACGUCAAAUCCGCAUUUUAAAACAAUGGAUCCUGAGGAGAAAUUUAAUAUCGCGCAAUCCAACUGUAGAUUUUCAUAUGAAUGGCUAGAAGUAAUUAAUACAUCUCAUUAAUCUCUUACCUGAACAAGUAUUGGUGUAAGAAUUCCUUUGGCAACUGAAACUUUCCGUCUCUGUAAGCGAAAGCGAAUUCCUGUGCCAUGGUUAUUGAUCUAAAAUUAUAAAAUUCAUCCUUUCUGAGCGUUGUAAAGAAAAACCUGACCUAAAUACGGUAUAUGAUUAUGUAUAAUUCAGAAUAUGGAGAGGAUAAAGCCAUGAUCAUCUUUCAAUCAUUUUUCAGUCGGUUUGGCUCAAGAAGAAAAUUCUCGCAUUAUGAUCUUUAAAUUUUCUACAUAAGUACAGAAACUAUUUUUAAUCUGACCCCUAAAAUUUGAGUUUUUUUGGCGUACUCAAUCAGAAACCAUCGACCAAAUUUUCCAUCAGUCUCCCAUUUCUUUUAAUCUCUAAAUUCUGAAUUUCUAAUAAGAUUUUCUUUACA